CGUGGCAGCAGCGCGAGUCCUGGAGCAGCCUCAGGAGCAGCGGGAGCGCGAGGCUUUGAGCAGUCGCAGUCGCAGUAGCUGCAGCAACGGUAGCGCAAGCCUCUGAGCAGUCGCAGCAGCAGCGGUAGUGCGAGGCUCUGAGCAGUCGCAGCGGUAGCGGCGUGAGACCCGGAGGUGCAGUAGGAGCGCAACACGCGGAGGAGCAGCGGGAGCGCGAGCAACAUGGGGAUCGUCCUCACCACUCUCUUUCAAAGGCUGUUCGGCAAGAAGCAAGUCAGGAUAUUAAUGGUUGGUUUGGAUGCUGCUGGUAAAACCACCAUCUUAUACAAACUGAAGUUAGGUGAAAUUGUAACAACUAUUCCAACUAUUGGAUUCAAUGUUGAAACAGUGGAAUACAAAAAUGUAAGUUUCACUGUGUGGGAUGUUGGUGGCCAAGACAAAAUUAGACCGUUGUGGAGGCACUAUUUCCAGAAUACCCAGGGUCUUAUUUUUGUGGUAGAUAGCAAUGACCGAGAGAGAAUUCAGGAAGCAUCAGCAGAGCUGCACAAAAUGAUUCAAGAAGAUGAAUUGAGAGAUGCUGUUCUACUGGUAUUUGCCAACAAACAGGACCUGCCAAAUGCCUUGACCGUCAGUGAAAUGACAGAUAAAUUAGGACUUCAGGGCUUCCAUAACAGAAUUUGGUAUGUUCAGGCUACUUGUGCUACACAAGGAACUGGCUUAUAUGAAGGUCUUGACUGGCUGUCUUCUGAACUAUCAAAAUCCUAGACCGAUGCCACAAUUUAAUUUGACAAGAUGUUUUAUUUAACAGGAGGCACGUUUGGUAAUAUUGGUCUAGGCUUGUUAACUAGUUUUCAUCUCUCAAAUAUUGUGAUUUAUGAAGUUGAUUUUUUUUUGGCAGCACAGCUUGAUUUUGAACUCUUCUUGCGAAUGUUUGUCGUAGGUUUCAUAAAUUGGUGGAAGAUUAAACCAUUAAUUCACAGUUAUCUUAUUGAGUGUAUUUCUUCCAUUUUAUCUCCCAAUUGAAGCCAAUAUAGAUCCUAACUUGCAUAAUAGCUGAAGAAUUAAAUCCAAAUACAUUUGAGCCCAAAUAAACAAUUGUUUCAGAAAUUUUACCUUGCCCUUUUUCAGAGUUUUGUGAUACCAUGGGCCAAUCCAAAACACAGAAUCUGUUGAAGAAAUAUUUCUGUACCAUUCCAUUUUGUGAAAAUGGGGUGUCGGUUCUUUUUUUAUUUGACUAUUAUUGAACAUGCCUCCUGACUGGAUCAAACAAGGGUUGGUAGGGCAUGGGUAAGGAACUAGAUUUUGGAGUUAGAGCAAAUUGUCCAUUGUGGGGAGAAAAGCAUCAGAUGCACAGAAAUUGCCUGGUUUAUAUACUGUGUCUCUGAAUAAAAAUUAAGUCUUGCUGAUUGUAACUUUUAUGGCCCCUCCCUGAGCAACCCCAUCCAGUGGUGUAUUUUUGAAACCACUUCAGAGGUCCUUCAGCCUCCUCUUUGUGGUGCUGUAGAUCUUUGAAGUGGUUUUGUUACCUCUGUUGACUGGUUUAAUGCAAGGUUAUUUGUUAAAAAUAAUAGAAGGGUUAUGGUUUUUCUUUUGUUGGUAGACACCUGUUCUUUGCAACAUAGCCAGUUUCAGUGGACCACAUCCAUCCCCCAUUCUGCAUACUUGAUACUGCAAACUCUAAAUGUUCCUUUCUUCCUUUUUCACAAAAGAAGCAAUGGGUUGUGCACCCCAUUGCAAUGUAAACUUCAUAACACUACUAAAGGAUCCAGUCCUUAAGUAUGCAUGCACUCAUGUUGGCAUUUCUAUCCACAUAGGUAAGAUCAGAUUGUCUUUCUAGUAUGUUGAAAGUUGUAACCUUUUUUAAAUGUUGCAUGUUGUUUUUUGGUAUCAGUGUGCUGUUAUUCAUUGUAAUAUAGUUAUUGUUUGUUUGUUUAUUCGUCUACGGAUGGGCAAGUCUUCAUGAAACUGGAAGAUUUGGGAACAUCAAAAUUCCAAUAAUGAAAGGUGUCUACGUAAUCCAUUUGACAUAAUUCUGAUGAAAUUAAAUAAACUUUAUAGAAAUA